CUGUGAUCUAUUGCAAAAAAACAAUCAUAGAAAAGAAAAAAGAAUGAAUUUCCCACUUCGAUUACCACUUCCUUAGUGGGAAAAACAGUUCGUUCGAUUUCUACUACCGUGUCACUCUAUAAGACACGUAGAAAGUGGGUGUGUGAGAGGGAGAAGACCAGAGCAUUGGUUCUCUUUUUUCUUUUUCUGGGAUUUCUUCAACUGGGUUUUGAUUUUAGCUGAAACCGCUCCAAUUUUCCGUUUUGGGUGUUGUUGGAGCUCUAAUGGCGCUCUGUACUUCGAUGUUUCCUGUUCAUGUCAGCCGUGGAGCAGUGAAAGAGCAUGAAAGUUCCAGUGCUGUUUCUUCUCGAUCCUUGUGGGGUACGGAUCUGGUCUUCCGAGUUCAGAAAAAGCUCAAUCAGGUCAAGAAAAUCCCAGGUGGGAUCUGUGCAUCACUUUCAGAGACUGGAGAGUAUCCUUCACAGAGGCCACCGACUCCUCUUUUGGACACAAUAAACUAUCCGAUUCACAUGAAAAAUCUAUCUAUCAAGGAGCUUUAUCAACUAGCUGAUGAAGUAAGAUCUGAUGUCAUCUUCAAUGUUUCUAAAACUGGGGGUCACUUGGGUUCCAGCCUUGGUGUGGUGGAGCUCACGGUGGCUCUUCACUAUGUCUUCAAUGCGCCACAGGACAGGAUUCUGUGGGACGUUGGCCAUCAGUCUUAUCCACACAAGAUUCUAACUGGAAGGAGGGAUAAGAUGCCUACUAUCAGACAGACAGAUGGGUUGUCAGGAUUCACCAAACGCUCGGAGAGCGAAUUCGAUUGCUUUGGCGCCGGUCACAGCUCUACCACCAUCUCAGCAGGCUUAGGAAUGGCUGUGGGAAGGGAUCUUAAGGGAAGAAAGAACAAUGUGGUUGCAGUCAUAGGUGAUGGUGCCAUGACUGCAGGUCAAGCUUAUGAAGCCAUGAACAAUGCUGGAUACCUUGACUCGGAUAUGAUUGUUAUUCUUAACGACAAUAAGCAAGUCUCUUUACCAACUGCAACUCUAGAUGGGCCCGCACCGCCCGUGGGAGCUUUGAGCAGUGCUCUCAGCCGGCUGCAGUCAAACAGGCCUCUCAGAGAAUUGAGAGAGGUAGCCAAGGGCGUCACGAAACAAAUUGGCGGUCCUAUGCAUGAAUUGGCAGCAAAAGUUGAUGAAUAUGCUCGCGGGAUGAUUAGUGGUUCUGGAUCGACGUUAUUUGAGGAGCUCGGGCUCUACUAUAUCGGCCCCGUUGAUGGUCAUAACAUGGAUGAUCUUGUAUCCAUUCUUAAGGAAGUUAAGAGUACAAAAACCACUGGUCCAGUCCUCAUCCAUGUUGUCACUGAGAAAGGACGAGGAUAUCCAUAUGCUGAAAGAGCUGCCGAUAAGUACCAUGGAGUUGCAAAGUUCGAUCCUGCUACUGGUAAACAGCAGAAAGCCAAAGCUGCAACGCAAUCAUAUACGACGUACUUUGCUGAGGCAUUGAUUGCAGAAGCUGAAGCUGACAAAGAUAUUAUUGCAAUCCAUGCUGCAAUGGGAGGAGGCACAGGCUUAAAUCUCUUUCAACGACGAUUUCCCACACGAUGCUUUGAUGUUGGUAUAGCUGAACAGCACGCCGUUACGUUUGCUGCCGGUCUGGCCUGUGAAGGCCUUAAACCAUUCUGUGCGAUCUACUCAUCGUUUAUGCAGAGGGCAUAUGACCAGGUAGUUCAUGAUGUUGAUUUGCAAAAGUUGCCUGUGAGAUUUGCAAUGGAUAGAGCAGGGUUGGUUGGAGCAGAUGGCCCGACUCAUUGUGGUUCUUUUGAUGUUACGUUUAUGGCAUGCCUACCUAACAUGGUAGUGAUGGCCCCGUCCGAUGAGGCCGAGCUCUUUAACAUGGUUGCUACAGCUGCAGCCAUAGAUGACCGACCCAGCUGUUUCCGGUAUCCACGAGGUAACGGUAUCGGUGUCGAGCUGCCACCAGGGAAUAAAGGCAUUCCUAUUGAGGUUGGAAAAGGCAGGAUUUUACUUGAAGGGGAAAGAGUGGCUCUCUUGGGCUAUGGAACGGCAGUCCAAAACUGUAUGGCUGCAGCGUCUUUGGUUGAGCGCCACGGCUUACGUAUAACAGUUGCAGAUGGACGUUUCUGCAAGCCACUUGAUCGAGCACUUAUCCGAAGUCUUGCCAAAUCGCACGAAAUUUUGAUCACAGUGGAAGAAGGAUCGAUCGGGGGAUUCGGGUCUCAUGUCAUCCAGUUCCUGGCCCUUGAUGGCCUUCUGGAUGGCACCUUGAGGUGGAGACCGCUUGUUCUUCCCGACCGAUACAUCGACCAUGGAUCGCCAGCAGACCAACUUGCAGAAGCAGGUCUUUGCCCAUCUCAUAUUGCUGCUACAAUUUUCAAUAUGCUCGGACAAACCAGGGAAGCUCUUGAGAUCAUGUCAUAGAAGAGAACUUUCCAAAUCGCAGCGCUUCUCUUUGAUGUAAUGUACAAAUUCGAAAUCUCGACCGAAAUCUCGCUGGUCAAGUUCUGUCAUACUUGCAUAUACAUAUAACCAAUACAUUAUCAGUCUAGGCUGUAUAAACAGAUGCUUAAUUUUCUUGGAGACGAGAUUGACGCCCUUACCACUCGAA